CUCGCCUGUGCACUCAGGCUUCGGUAAAGCUUCAGUAUGUUUGUUGGUCAGAGGGACUAUGGUGGAGGGGGAAUAGUCAUGGCGGCGCUCUCGGAGGAGGGGAGGUACCGUGUGAGCUGCGGUCGCGAUGGGAGCGCAACCUCCGUGUUACACGUGAAAUUGACAGAGACAGUUUACAGGGCGUUAAAGAAUUACCAAAACUCUAAGAAUGCAUCGUCCUCAAGACCAACCAUACAGUUCAAGGGGCAACAAGGGAGCAUAAAGAUUCCAUGUGCGGACGACCCUGCCAGCUCAGCCUCCUUCGACUUCUUCGUGUCCAGAGUUGGGAAGGACGGCCCUCAGGGAAGCUUUGAGUGCGUACGCCAGCAUGUCUCCGGAAAGGACAUGCCCCAUCUGUCCUGCCUGGGUGUGGUGCAGGACAGAGUCACGCUCUGUGCCUCCACCUCCCACGACCUCCAACAGCGCCCCCCUCUGGCUGAGGCCGGCGCACGCAAACCGGAGACCAAAGCCGCCAAGCCCGCUGAUGGCCCCUCCACAGGUAAGAGGGUCCCUUUCAGAAAGCCAGCGCCCUCCUCCUCACCCUCCGACCUGGUCCCGGAGCGGAAGCGCUCCACCCCCAUCAACCCCGCCACCCUCCUCCGGAAGGGUCCGCCCAACCCGCCCGUGUCCCAGGCGCGGUACCGGGACCGUGUGGUGCACCUGCUGGCCCUCCGGCCCCACAAGAAGCUGGCUGUGCUGGCCCGUCUGCAGCGCGACAAGAUCAACCCCAAAGACCUGGGCAGCACCCUGCAGCAGGUGGCCAAUCUGAACCCAAAGGACAACACGUUCUCCCUGAAGGACCACCUCUACCGGGACGUCAGGAGGGACUGGCCUGGGUACACUCAGGAGGAGCGGGAGCAGCUGGAGCACAGUCUGGCCAGUAAAUUUGGCACCCAGUGUGAGUCUCCCGCCACCAAAAGCCCAAAAGAGCCCAUUCCAACUGCACAACAGAAGGGUUAUCAGGAAAUCAGCGACUUCAUCGACCCUCUGAUGCCCAAGAAGUCCAGGAUCUCCCACAUCGGUCGCGCGCCCACGACCCCGCCUCCCAGCGAAAGCCACGCCCCCUCCAAGGAGGACAAGCCUCCCCGGCCCGCCCCCCACCUCCCGGCGUCCAAUCCCCCGCCCGCCCCCCACGUGCCGGCGUCCAAUCCCCCGCUCCCGCUCAGCUCUCGCUCUCCCAGCACGCCCGAGGGCUGCGGCACCCAGGCCCUGCCCGUCGACGCCCAGAGCUCCCGCGUCGACCAAUCCCGGAGCUCCACGCGCACCCCUAGCCCCGCCCUCGAGCAGGGGGCCCGGGGCGGGGGCAAGAAGCCCAAAAAGAGGUCCAAAAAGCGCAGACAGAGGGAGGAGAGCCCCCACCCCCCGAACGCCAAGAUCCACAAAUCUGACCGAGAAGAAGGCACAGAUGCUCCAGUUCGUUCCAUCGAGGUCACCUCCACAGACGUGACUCCAGAUUAUUUACAUAAGUACGCGGCCGUGACGUCCGUGACCCAGCGCCAGAGCUACAAGGACGACUUCAACGCGGAGUACGGCGAGUACUGCUCCCUGCACGCCCGCGUGGAGAAAGUCACCCGCCACUUCACCCGGCUCGACUCCCAGUGCAAGCAGCUCCAGCCCGGCACCAAGGAGCACAAGGAGGUCCAGGAGGAAGUGUUGCAGGAGUACAACAGAAUGAAAGGAACCAGCCCCAGCUAUCGGGAGAUGAAGCAUCGGUGUGAGUACCUCCAUAACAAGCUGGCCCACAUCAAGCGCCUGAUCGCCGCGUUCGACCGGCAGAGGACCCCGCCCUGGGACUACAGCGACACGCACAGAGAGGGUGGGGCCAUCGCCAGCACAUGACCCGGCCCUCCGACCGCUCCUCGCCCUCCGACCGCAGCGUUCGGCCCGGCGUAUAAUCCCAUUCUUUCUUUUACCUUCCUCUCUUUAUUCUUCUUUCUUCUGUCUUUCUCUCCUUUCUUUAGCCGUGUUCCUCUGGACUCUGAAAAAUGCUAUUCCUAUGCAUUCUGGGGGCCUGCUGGCCCUGCAAAAAGAAAAAUCAAAAAAGAACAAAAAAUAAUAUAUUUUUGAAAAAGAGGAAAAAAAAAAUGAUGCAUACACAGAAUAGGGAGGAGGUGGGAAAACUCCACAGACAGGAUGAAUCUGAAAGGGUGUCGUGGAUAAUGCACCAGUCGGCCUAAUGUGUUAAGUCUUUCAAAAGCAAAUUUGCACGUGGGAUGAAAAAGGCUGUGUAUGUAUGUAUGCGUGCUUGUGUGUUGGUGCGCGCGUGUGUGUAUUUGCGUAUAGGAGGUGUGUAUGUGUGGGUGUCUGUUGGUGUCUUUCUGUGAUGUUAGGAGCACAAAAUCUCUGAGCUCAGCAGGUGGUUGGACAGCCUGGGGUUGGGGGACCUGGAUGUGCCAGGUACUUUCUGAAAUGCCACAUGGGUUUUUGAGACGAGGGGUAUAGUGGCUAUCUCGCCCUGGGCUGGUGCCUUAAGGUGCCAGUUUACCAGCCGCUGGUGCUGAGUCACUGAAUCCCUGUUUCCAGGGCAACCACCGCAGGGGGAGGGGGGUCUGCAGUGGUCUGCCAACCAGGGACAUGCGUGCGUUUACUGGUGAGCUGUGCGUGUCUUUUGGGGGGCUGAGGAGUGUGAGGCGUGUGCGUGUUGGAGGCAGGGGAGUGUGUGUGUGUGUGUUGCUGCUCUUGUGUGUUUGUGCGUCUGAGUGUA